AUGUCAUUUGCAGAUGUCGGGCCGACGCCGACGGCCCGCCGGCCCGACAUGUAAUCAGUGGAGGACAAUUUCAUCUCGGAGCUAGAGGCCGGUGCGCUUUGGGGCGUGCGGUCGCUCCGCGCUCUUCGUCUGGCGCGCAACCUGCUACAGGAGGUUCCCACGCAUGCUCUCGCACCUCUACACCAUCUGCAGACAUUGAACCUGGCAGGGAACCUAAUAAGUGAGCUACGGGACACAGCACUGCCGCCGCUGCCCGCACUGCACACCCUGUCACCCACGGGCAGAACACGUCGUUCACUCAACAGUCUUAUAUUGUCGAGCAGAAAAAUAUAG